CUUCCACCAUCUUCAUCAUCAUCACUCUCUUCUCACCCAAAAAACUCAUCCUUUCCGUAAACUUUCUUCAUGGACAGCCCCGCCGGAAAAACCAAAAAAGGAGCCGCCGGCAGGAGAGGCGGUGGUCCCAAGAGGAAGCCAGUCUCAAGGUCCGUCAAAGCCGGUCUCCAAUUCCCCGUCGGAAGAAUCGGACGCUACCUGAAGAAAGGCCGUUACUCUCAGCGCGUCGGAACUGGUGCUCCGGUUUACCUCGCCGCCGUUUUGGAAUACCUAGCCGCCGAGGUGUUGGAGUUGGCUGGGAAUGCUGCUAGAGACAACAAGAAGAAUAGGAUUAUUCCAAGGCAUGUGUUGUUAGCUGUGAGGAACGAUGAGGAGCUUGGAAAAUUGCUUGCUGGUGUUACCAUUGCUCAUGGUGGUGUCCUUCCUAACAUAAACCCUGUUCUGUUGCCAAAGAAAUCUCAAACUGCUACCAAGGAACCAAAGUCUCCAUCUAAGGGCACUAAGUCUCCUAAGAAGGCUUGAUCUUAUAGUUGAUGAUGCUAAGUUGUUGUUAUUAGUUUGUUUUGGAACUUUUAUUUUUCAUGUAUAUGUAUGUUGUUAGAUUCUUCUCUUAGAACAGUCCCUUGGAAAAGAAUGUAAUGCUUUUAUGGUUUAAAGUUAUCUCAAUGAUGUAGGGUUCUAAAGCGAAUUGAAAGCAGCUCGUUUCAAAUCA